AUGUCUAAUAACCAGGACAGGUCCAAUAAAUACAAUGAGUCUUAUAACCGGGACAGUUCUGGUAACUACAAUGAGUCUUAUAACCAGGACAGGUCUGGUAACUACAAUGAGUCUUAUAACCGGGACAGGUCUGGUAACUACAAUGAGUCUUAUAACCGGGACAGGUCUGGUAACUACAAUGAGUCUUAUAACCGGGACAGGUCUGGUAACUACAAUGAGUCUUAUAACCGGGACAGGUCUGGUAACUACAAUGAGUCUUAUAACUGGGAAAGCUCUGGCAACUACAACGUGUCUAAUAACCAGGACAGGUCUGGUAACUACAACGCUUCUAAUAACCAGGACAGGUCUGGUAACUACAACGCUUCUAAUAACCGGGACAGGUCUGGUAACUACAACGCUUCUAAUAACCGGGACCGGUCUGGUAACUACAACACGUCUAAUAACCAGGACAGGUCUGGUAACUACAACGCUUCUAAUAACCGGGACAGGUCUGGUAACUACAACACGUCUAAUAACCAGGACAGGUCUGGUAACUACAACGCUUCUAAUAACCGGGACAGGUCUGGUAACUACAACACGUCUAAUAACCAGGACAGGUCUGGUAACUACAACGCUUCUAAUAACCGGGACAGGUCUGGUAACUACAACACGUCUAAUAACCAGGACAGGUCUGGUAACUACAACGCUUCUAAUAACCGGGACAGGUCUGGUAACUACAACGCUUCUAAUAACCGGGACAGGUCUGGUAACUACAACGUGUCUAAUAACCAGGACAGGUCUGGUAACUACAACGCUUCUAAUAACCGGGACAGGUCUGAUAACUACAACACGUCUAAUAACCAAGACAGGUCUGGUAACUACAACGCUUCUAAUAACCGGGACAGGUCUGGUAACUACAACACGUCUAAUAACCAGGACAGGUCUGGUAACUACAACGCUUCUAAUAACCGGGACAGGUCUGGUAACUACAACGCUUCUAAUAACCAGGACAGGUCUGGUAACUACAAUGAGUCUUAUAACCAGGACAGGUCUGGUAACUACAAUGAGUCUUAUAACCGGGACAGGUCUGGUAACUACAAUGAGUCUUAUAACUGGGAAAGCUCUGGCAACUACAACGUGUCUAAUAACCAGGACAGGUCUGGUAACUACAACGCUUCUAAUAACCAGGACAGGUCUGGUAACUACAACGCUUCUAAUAACCAGGACAGGUCUGGUAACUACAACGCUUCUAAUAACCGGGACAGGUCUGGUAACUACAACACGUCUAAUAACCGGGACAGGUCUGGUAACUACAACGCUUCUAAUAACCGGGACAGGUCUGGUAACUACAACGCUUCUAAUAACCAGGACAGGUCUGGUAACUACAAUGAGUCUUAUAACCAGGACAGGUCUGGUAACUACAAUGAGUCUUAUAACCGGGACAGGUCUGGUAACUACAAUGAGUCUUAUAACCGGGACAGGUCUGGUAACUACAAUGAGUCUUAUAACCGGGACAGGUCUGGUAACUACAAUGAGUCUUAUAACCGGGACAGGUCUGGUAACUACAAUGAGUCUUAUAACUGGGAAAGCUCUGGCAACUACAACGUGUCUAAUAACCAGGACAGGUCUGGUAACUACAACGCUUCUAAUAACCAGGACAGGUCUGGUAACUACAACGCUUCUAAUAACGGGGACAGGUCUGGUAACUACAACGCUUCUAAUAACCGGGACAGGUCUGGUAACUACAACACGUCUAAUAACCAGGACAGGUCUGGUAACUACAACGCUUCUAAUAACCGGGACAGGUCUGGUAACUACAACACGUCUAAUAACCAGGACAGGUCUGGUAACUACAACGCUUCUAAUAACCGGGACAGGUCUGAUAACUACAACGUGUCUAAUAACCAGGACAGGUCUGGUAACUACAACGCUUCUAAUAACCGGGACAGGUCUGGUAACUACAACACGUCUAAUAACCAGGACAGGUCUGGUAACUACAACGCUUCUAAUAACCGGGACAGGUCUGGUAACUACAACGCUUCUAAUAACCAGGACAGGUCUGGUAACUACAAUGAGUCUUAUAACCAGGACAGGUCUGGUAACUACAAUGAGUCUUAUAACCGGGACAGGUCUGGUAACUACAAUGAGUCUUAUAACCGGGACAGGUCUGGUAACUACAAUGAGUCUUAUAACCGGAACAGGUCUGGUAACUACAAUGAGUCUUAUAACCGGGACAGGUCUGGUAACUACAAUGAGUCUUAUAACUGGGAAAGCUCUGGCAACUACAACGUGUCUAAUAACCAGGACAGGUCUGGUAACUACAACGCUUCUAAUAACCAGGACAGGUCUGGUAACUACAACGCUUCUAAUAACCGGGACAGGUCUGGUAACUACAACGCUUCUAAUAACCGGGACAGGUCUGGUAACUACAACACGUCUAAUAACCAGGACAGGUCUGGUAACUACAACGCUUCUAAUAACCAGGACAGGUCUGGUAACUACAACGCUUCUAAUAACCGGGACAGGUCUGGUAACUACAACACGUCUAAUAACCAGGACAGGUCUGGUAACUACAACGCUUCUAAUAACCGGGACAGGUCUGGUAACUACAACGCUUCUAAUAACCAGGACAGGUCUGGUAACUACAACGCUUCUAAUAACCGGGACAGGUCUGGUAACUACAACACGUCUAAUAACCAGGACAGGUCUGGUAACUACAACGCUUCUAAUAACCGGGACAGGUCUGGUAACUACAACACGUCUAAUAACCAGGACAGGUCUGGUAACUACAACGCUUCUAAUAACCGGGACAGGUCUGGUAACUACAACGUGUCUAAUAACCAGGACAGGUCUGGUAACUACAAUGAGUCUAAUAACCAGGACAGGUCUGGUAACUACAACGCUUCUUAUAACCAGGACAGGUCUGGUAACUACAACGCUUCUUAUAACCAGGACAGGUCUGGUAACUGCAACGCAUCUAAUAACCAGGACAGGUCUGGUAACUACAACGCUUCUAAUAACAAGGACAGGUCUGGUAACUACAACACGUCUAAUAACCAGGACAGGUCUGGUAACUACAACGCUUCUAAUAACAAGGACAGGUCUGGUAACUACAACGCUUCUAAUAACAAGGACAGGUCUGGUAACUACAACGCUUCUAAUAACCGGGACAGGUCUGGUAACUACAACGUGUCUAAUAACCAGGACAGGUCUGGUAACUACAACGUGUCUAAUAACCAGGACAGGUCUGGUAACUACAAUGAGUCUAAUAACCAGGACAGGUCUGGUAACUACAACGUGUCUAAUAACCGGGACAGGUCUGGUAACUACAACGCUUCUUAUAACCAGGACAGGUCUGGUAACUACAACGCUUCUUAUAACCAGGACAGGUCUGGUAACUACAACGCUUCUAAUAACAAGGACAGGUCUGGUAACUACAACACGUCUAAUAACCAGGACAGGUCUGGUAACUACAACGCUUCUAAUAACAAGGACAGGUCUGGUAACUACAACGUGUCUAAUAACCAGGACAGGUCUGGUAACUACAACGCGUCUUUUAACUGGGACAUGUCUGAUAACUACAACGCGUAUUUUAACUGGGACAGGUCUGAUGAUUGA